CCAGGAGGAUGCGCAGUGCCGGGCCGGGCCAGCAGCAGCAGCAUCGACGCAGCAUCACACGUAGCCCACUUCACGCACACUGAUGGACGGAGGCAGAGCCCUUGUCGAGGAGGAUGCUCUCACCGGCUCAGAAGGGCUUUCUUUCGGGGUUUAUUUACCAGGCAGCAGCGGUUUGCUCGCCGGUGCUGGUGUAAAAUGCACUGAGGCAGAGCGAGAGUGCUGGUCGGCCUAGCUGAUCUCAGCCGCUCGGCAAAUGUGUCCCCAAUUGUAUUCUAGUAGGCUACAUCUUGAUUAAAUCGUUAUUAUUUCCAGGUCAGAAUCUCAGUUUCCUGUGCGGCUUGUUUGUACUGAAAAUGGCCGGAGAUGGCGGCGCUCUGAAGGAUAUCAAUGAGAUUAAAUCCCAGUUCCGGACCAGAGAGGGCUUCUACAAGCUGCUCACGCUCUCGGACUCGCAGCAGCGGGGCGGGCUGCCGCGGGGUCCCUCAUCCGGAGCCACGCUGGGCCCCGGGGCUGGACCCGGUCCGAUACCCGGCGGAGGGGUCGGGCUGCUGCAGGGGCCCGGGGCUGCCGCCGCCUCCUCCUCCAAUGCUGCAGCCAACUCCUCUCCAGCGGGUUUCCUGCCUCCGGUCCGGGUCUCCAUGGUGAAGCUGCAGCCCGAAGACCCGGGCGAGGAGUCGGAGCGGGUGUGCUUCAACAUCGGCAGGGAGCUGUAUUUCUACACGUACACCAACAUCAAGAAGGCUGUAGACCUCAGUAAGCCGAUAGACAAGAGGAUCUACAAGGGGACCCAGCCAACAUGUCAUGAUUUCAACCAGUACUCUGCCACAGCGGAGAGUGUAGCUCUCAUAGUGGGUUUCUCAGCUGGACAGGUCCAGUAUCUCGACCCCAUCAAGAAGGAAACCAGUAAACUCUUCAAUGAGGAGAGGUUGAUAGACAAAUCCAAGGUGACGUGUCUAAAAUGGCUUCCCAAGUCGGAGAACCUGUUCCUGGCCUCGCAUGCCAGUGGCCACCUCUACCUCUACAACGUGGACCACCCGUGUGGCACCACAGCCCCACAGUACUCUCUCCUGCGGCAGGGAGAAGGCUUCGCCGUCUACGCCUGCAAAACAAAGACGCCUCGCAACCCGUUGUUACGAUGGGCUGUGGGUGAGGGAGGCCUCAACGAGUUCGCUUUCUCCCCAGAUGGAGUGCAUGUGGCGUGCGUGGGCCAGGACGGCUGCCUGCGUGUCUUUCACUUUGACUCAAUGGAGCUGCAGGGGGUGAUGAAGAGCUACUUCGGAGGGCUGCUGUGCGUGUCAUGGAGCCCUGAUGGAAAAUACCUUGCUACGGGCGGAGAAGAUGACCUGGUUACCGUUUGGUCAUUUGCAGAAAGCCGUGUGGUUGCAAGAGGUCACGGCCACAAGUCCUGGGUCAAUGUGGUGGCUUUUGAUCCCUUCACAACUUCCUUGGAAGAUGAGGAGCCUAUGGAGCUCAGUGGCAGCGAGGAGGACCUCCACCAAGGGCCACCGAACAACUCCAUGCACUUUGGCCGUGUCCGAACAAGUAGCACGUUGUCGCGUCUGUCUCGGCACAGCUCUAAAGGAGGCGGUUCGGCGUCCGUCACAUACCGGUUUGGCUCGGUGGGGCAGGACACCCAGUUCUGUCUGUGGGACUUGACAGAUGACGUGUUGUACCCACGCCUGCCACUGUCCCGCGCCUUUACUAACACUUUUGGGCCUUCACUGUCCAACUCUGGCAGUGGGGUGGUCAACAGUACCUCAGAUGGGGGAGGGGGUGGAACAGUUGAAGGGCACCAUCAUCCACCCAACACUAACACUGGCACCACAAACCCUCCAACGCUCCCCUUACCGCUUCCUCGCUCCCUUUCCCGCUCCAACUCUUUGCCCCACCCCGCCGUGGCAAAUGUCGCCAAGGGCCCUGGUGCCUCGGAGGGCGGCGGGGGAACCGGAGGAGGUGGAGGGAGCAGUGGAGGAGGAAACACCACCCCAUUUAGCAUUGGCCGCUUCGCCACACUUUCUCUCCAGGAGCGCAAGUCAGACAAGUCUGGUUGCAGCAGUGGGGUGGAGAAGGAGCACAAGAGGUACCACAGCUUGGGCAACAUCAGCAAAAGCAACGAUAAGAUCAACGUGGCGCCCAGGAGCAGCCGGCUGGAUGCUGCCAAGGUCCUCGGCACAACGCUGUGCCCACGCAUGCAUGAGGUGCCGCUGCUGGAGCCACUGGUGUGCAAGAAGAUUGCACAUGAGAGGCUGACCGUCCUGGUGUUCAUGGACGACUGCAUCAUCACCGCCUGCCAGGAGGGGCUCAUCUGCACCUGGGCGCGGCCGGGGAAGGCGAACUUGACAGCACAGAACGGGAACUCUCCGAGUGGCACGGUGGUAUAGCUGGAGGAGAAGCUUUGCACUCAUCCCUACCUCCAUCCACCCUCUCCACUGUAAUCAAAUAUAUCAAAUUAGGGGCCAAUAACAAGCGGCCAUUCCUUACCAUUCCCACCACCACAGUAUUAUAUCAUAAACCUCUGUACCUGCCACAGAUCCUGUUCCUUACUGAUUUCACUCUCACUGCGGACGGUUUGAUGGGAAACACUUCCUGAAUUAUUUAACUAACAUUACUUCAAGUGCUUAAAUAUAGCAAAGCUGCGAUAUAGCAUCUAGUUAGCCUUAGUAAGACUUGUUUCUGGUAAUGUGGAAACGCCUUUGAUCUGGAGUUUUAUUAUUUGGUUGUGGCCUCUUUGUUCCAGUAAAGAGAGGUCAAAAUACUACGGCAAACAAUUACACUGUAGGCGACAGUGUACUUCCAACCCAGUCUCAUAAAAAAACGUGUAAUAACUACGUUGGUCCACAACGUAGGACGUAGUAUUUCUACAAAAACACCUCU